AUGAGUGACGUACAAUCGCUGAGCGACUCGCCAGCGUCGUCCGUGGGGCUCGACAACUCGCUCAUGUGGGAGAAGGUGGCGCUGUCGCCCCUGGAGCUGCUGUCGGUGCAGCUGGAGCACGAGCUGCAGCAUGCCGAGGAGGUGGCGUCCGCUGCUGCAGCUGGCAAGCAGAACAAGAACGGCGUGGACGUGGACGCCAAGACGGGCAAGGCGGCCGGACGUGUGACGGUGGAGGUGCUGGCGGCCAAGGACCUGGCGCUGCACAAGAACGCCGCGGUGCUGGCGGCCAGCGGCAGCGCCCAGCCGGAGCUGUACGUGUCCACGCAGGUGACGCCGCUGUCGGCGUUCGAGAAGUCCACGAAGAAGCACCUGCGCACAAGCGGCGUGCAGGCGGUGGACAACGCGAGCGCUAGCUGGAAGGAGUCGCUGGUGUACGAAGGCGCCAAGACCAAGAAGUUCGGCAUCAAGGUCUCGCUCAGCAGCAGCGCCGAGGUGAUUGCCGAUGUGGUGCUCGGAGAGCUUGAGCUGCGCAGCGCCGACUUCGAGGACCAGCUGCCGCACGAGAAGUGGUUCGACCUGAAGGCGCCGGCGUCGGCGGGCACGACUGGCGUCUCUGGCAAGCUGCUGCUGCGCAUCACGUUCGAGUACUCGGUGCGCGAGCGUCACGAGCGUGAGGUGGCGCUGCUCCGACAGAAGAAGCGCGAGAACGACGACGAUAUUGAACGGUACAAGACCACCGCGCGGCAGGUGAACGCGCCGGUGAGACACCCUGCUGCAUUCGGCAAGGCCACGGCCAAGGCUGCGCUUUACGUUCCUGGCAACAAGUUCCGCGUCGACGCGCACCACCCCGCUGCAGUCAGCGUAGCCCCUCUGGCGGACAAGACGCGUAUUGUGACUCCGUUCGGACGGGGUGUCGUGGUGUCCUUCCGGCCAGAGACCAAGAUGUACGUGGUGCAGAUGGACACCGACGCCGCGUCGAAGAACCACACCAUUGCGUACUUGCGCCAGAACGUCGUGAAGGAGGAGCCCGAUGAGCCGCACCUCCGCAUGCACAUGAACGUGUCGACCCCGUACGGUCUGGGCGUGCUGGAGGAGAUCCGCCCGCACGACGACGUGCUGAUCGUGAAGACAAACUACGCGCGCAUGUUCAUGCAGCGCAAGGACGUCAAGCUGCCGGUGAAGGACAUCUCGGAGAUGUCGACGAAGGAUCUGGUGGGCGAGGCCAUCAAGCUCGCGGACACUGGCAACGAGGAGUUCCGCGACGGCAAACUGCAGGACGCCGUGUACAGCUACCUGCGGUCGCUGGGCUUCCUCCAGCGCGUGGACCAGGACAACGCCACGCACAAGGAGAAGGCGACGAUCAUUCAGACCAUGAUCCGCUGCCACCUCAACAUCGGCGCGUGCAAGCUCAAGCUCAACAUGUACACGGACGCCGAGAUCGCGUGCACGAACGCGCUGAGCAUCCUCUCGGUGCUGGCCGAGAACCGCGAGGGCAACGUCGUCACGUGGAUGGGUCGACUCGGCCUGUCCGAGCAGCUCAUGUUCGAGGACUGGCCGUCCAAGGCGCGCUUCCGCCGCGCGCAGGCGUGCGUGAAGCUCGAGAAGUACGCGGACGCCAAGCAGGAUCUGCUGCUCGCGGUCAAGCUGAACCCUCGCGACAAGUCGUGCCGCACGUUGCUGGACAAGGUGAGCAAGCUUGUGGACAAGCAGAAGCGCGACGAGAAGAAGGCCUGGGGCGGCAUCUUCGAGAACCUCGACGCGUCGGCCUCGACCAUCAAAACGGCAACGACGACCAAGACGACGACCACCAAGACCCAGACCGGCGAGGACAAGUCCAUCUUCACGCGGAAGACCAAGGCGCAGCGCCAGGCAGCGGCUGCGGCUGCCAAGGACGCAGCGGAGCCGUGGUACCUGACCACGAGGGCGCUGGCCACCGCGUCGGUGGUGACGGCGGGCGUGGCGGCCGUGGCGCUGCUGGCCUUGAAGCCCAAGAGCUCGUAA